AUGGGACUGCUAAACUUGGAGGAACAACUUACAUUUUAUGGAAAAUACCAUAAUAAUGAUAUCAACAAGAUGAUCCAUAUUGUGUGUGUCCCUCUCAUCGUGUGGAGCUUUUUGGUUUGGGCCGCAAAUACAGGACCAUUACUUCCUUAUGAAGAAGAUUCUUUAUGGAGACUAACACCGUUUGAACCAAACCUUGCGUUGCUUGUGGUCUUGAUUUAUAUAUUUUAUUAUCUAUUAUUGGAACCUGUAGCCGGGGCACUUUACACACCAUUACUAUUAUUUAUGGCAUAUAAUGCCACGAACUUUGCCUCGUCAUUCCCUGACAAUCACAAUUCCCUUGCCGGAAUUGUUCACGUUACCUCAUGGAUUUUGCAGUUUAUUGGUCAUGGAUUCGCCGAGAAGAGAAGCCCGGCUUUGAAAGAAAAUAUAGCUCAAGCUCUUCUUCUCGCGCCAUUAUUUAUUUGGUUGGAAGUAUUAUUCACCAUGAGAUAUCGUACUGAGCUUCAAAAGAGGAUAAAAGAGAGGGUUGAAUUAGCCAUCGCGAAAGAAAAUAAAGAAUGA